AUGGAGGAGAUGAAUCACACUCAGUUCAAUGGCUUCAUUCUUCAAGGUUUCUCGGACAUUGAUGAUGUAAGAAUAUUGCUCUUUGUCUUCUUCCUUUGUAUGUUACUCCUCACUCUGACUAUAAAUAUUUUAGUUAUUAUGGCAGUGCAGUGUCAUGCUCAUCUUCAGUCACCCAUGUACUUCUUCAUCAACAUCCUUUCUAUCCUGGAGAUGUGGUACACAAUGACUACGGCCCCCAAGCUUUUGUCUCUUUUACUAACCAAGGACAACAGAAUUUCCUAUGGGUGGUGCUUUGCUCAGCUCUAUAUGUUUCAUAGUUUGGGCAUGACAGACUGUGCCCUACUGGCUGUAAUGGCCUUUGAUCGCUGCAUGGCGAUAUGUAACCCUCUCAGAUACACCACUAUCAUGAAUGAAAGAAUGUGUAGAGUUCUGGCCAUUAUCUGCUGGGCAUUUGGUUUUCUGGCUGCAACCAUUCCAUUGACAAUGACUAUAAAGGUUCCAAUGUGCCAAUCUUAUAUUAUAGAUCAUUAUUUCUGUGACAUAGCACCAUUACUGGCCUUGGCUUGCACAGACAUUUCAUUCACCAUUGCCAUUAAUCGAUGUGUUGUUGGUUUUGCAAUCAUGUUUAAUUUCAUACUUAUCCUAAUCAUGUAUAUAAAUAUUAUAUGGGCUAUUAUGAAGUUAAAGUCAAACACGGGGAGAAUGAAGGCCUUCUCCACUUGUUCUUCUCAUCUGAUUGAUGUGGCUCUUAUUUACGGCACUGCUUUCAGUGUUUACGGCAGCCCAAAGGGACCUCAGACUGUGAACUAUGAAAAGCUAUUUUCCCUGGUUUAUACCGUAUUCACCCCUUUCCUAAACCCCAUUAUUUAUAGUGUACGGAACAAUGAAAUGAAGUCAGCUAUAAGGGGAAUCUUUCAAGGAAAACUACACAUGUUUAGAAUGAAAUAG